AUGAGCUGUUUGGAUGUUAUGUACCAAGUCUACGGUCCUCCGCAGCCUUAUUUCGCCGCCGCUUACACUACCCCUUACCACCAGAAAUUAGCCUAUUACUCCAAAAUGCAGGAAGCACAGGAGUGUAACACCAGCCCCAGCAAUAGCAGCAGCAGCAGCAGUGGCAGUUCCUCCUUUUCCAGCCAAACUCGGGCCAGUAUUAAAGAGGAGGAAGGCAGCCCAGAGAAAGAGCGACCAGCUGAGGCAGAGUACAUCAACUCUCGAUGUGUCCUCUUCACAUAUUUCCAAGGGGACAUCAGCUCGGUGGUGGAUGAGCACUUCAGCAGAGCCCUAAGCCAGCCCAGCAGCUAUUCUCCCAGCUGUACAAGCAACAAAGUUCCCCGAAGCUCUGGUCCCUGGAGGGAUGGCUCUUUCCCGAUGAGCCAGCGCAGCUUCCCGGCCUCCUUCUGGAACAGCGCGUACCAGGCGCCGGUGCCCGCGCCGCUGGGCAGCCCCCUGGCCACCGCGCACUCCGAGCUGCCCUUCGCCGCCGCGGACCCCUACUCUCCGGCCGCGCUGCACGGCCACCUGCACCAGGGCGCCGCCGAGCCCUGGCACCACGCGCACCCGCACCACGCGCACCCGCACCCGCACCACCCCUACGCGCUGGGCGGUGCCCUGGGCGCCCAGGCCGCCGCCUACCCGCGGCCCACCGCGGUGCACGAGGUCUACGCGCCGCACUUCGACCCGCGCUACGGGCCGCUGCUGAUGCCCACCGGCUCGGGCCGCCCGGCUCGCCUCGCGCCCGCCCCAGCGCCCGCGUCCGGCAGUCCGCCCUGCGAGCUCUCCGCCAAGGGCGAACCCACUGGCACCGCGUGGGCGGCACCCGGGGGCCCUUUCGCGAACCCCGCGGGCGACGUGGCCCAGGGCUUGGGCCUCACCAUGGACUCAGCUCGUCGUUAUUCUCUCUGUGGUGCAUCCCUCCUGAGCUGA